AUGGCGGGGAAUUCAUCAAAUUUCACAAAAGUCGUGGUAGAAGGAAGCAAAUCCACAAAGGAAAUCCGAUUCAACGACGAGUUGCAACUCGACUUCAUACUCAACUCAGGAAUUGUGAAAGAUUGCGAGUUGAGUUUGCCCUGUGGAGUGCAAUUGACCAAUGACAAGUGGAACCUGUUCUUGGCAUUGGAAGGGUUUGAAGAAACCCUAAUAGGGUUCUUGAAGGAAGAGGAAGAUGUCAGAGAGGGGAUUCAGGUGAACGUGUACGACAAAGGUGGCCAUGAAUUCCAAAUGAUGCUGAAGAAAUGGGUGAAACACUCGAACCGCUUCUACGUUCUGAACAGAGGGUGGUUCAGUUUCUGCAACCAACAUGGUUUGGGACAAGACGAUCUCGUUGCUUUGCGUGCGUUUCGCCAUGCCAUAACUGACGUGUUAUCUUUCGCUGUUACUUACAGAAGAAUGAGGUAA